UAGAGCUUUGCGAGAGCUGAAGAUUGCGUCGGCAUUCAGUUUUUCAGCGGCCUUUCGGGAACCCAGUCGUCUUCGUUGCGAAUUGGGAAUCAGAACCCAUUACCUCAGGUGGGAGGCAACUAGGAGGAGGCUCAUUUAAAUUCAAAACGAGUGGCAGCUAAUUGCGACUGCGGCCAGAAUGAAGUGCCUGAUAGUGUUUGGUCUGAUUGUGGCCCUGUUCGGUGCUUUCGUGGGCUACGGCUACGUGUUGUUCACGGAUCUGACAAAGCCACUGCCAAAGCCGGAGUUCAAGGACGACACCUACUGGGGUCCUGGCGAUGUCAAGGACUUUGUGCCCGACACAAAGAUCUACGAGUUCAAGCUGCAAGUCCCGCAGGAGGAAAUCGAUGAGUUACGCAAGGAACUCAACCGCACGCUGAAACUCACGGCACCUUUGGACGGAAUUUCCUUCGAGUAUGGAUUUAACACCUAUGCCCUGGAGCAAUUUGUGGACUACUGGCGGGACAAUUACCUGACCAAGUGGGAUGAGCGCCAGGCGUUGUUCAACUCGUUCAAGCAGUACAAAACUGAAAUUCAAGGCCUGAAUAUUCACUAUAUUCACGAGAAGGCCUCCGAGGAAGCCAAGGCCAAGAAGCACGUGUAUCCCCUGCUGCUCCUCCACGGCUGGCCAGGAUCGGUGCGGGAGUUCUUCGAUUUCAUUCCCAUGCUCACCAAGGAAACUAACAUCACGGACUACGCUUUUGAGGUCGUGGCACCUUCUCUUGUCGGCUACGGAUGGUCUGAUGCUGCUACACGUCCCGGUUUCAAUGCCGCUGAAAUGGCCACCGUGAUGCGCAACCUGAUGCUCCGUUUGGGCCACAAGAAGUUCUUCGUCCAGGGUGGAGACUGGGGCAGCAUCAUUGGCAGCAACUUGGCGACGCUCUUCCCGGAGAACGUGAUCGGUUACCACUCGAACAUGUGCGUCUUGAACACUCCGUUGGCAAUUGUCAAGGGAAUCUGGGGCAGCUUCUACCCCGAGAAGUACCUGCCCUCCAGAUUCUUUGUGGACCACCACUUCCCCAUUUGGGACAAGUGGGCAGAUCUACUGAAGGAGAGCGGAUACUUCCACAUUCAGGCCACUAAACCGGAUACGAUUGGAGCUGCUCUGACUUCCAGUCCGGUGGGUUUGGCUUCCUACAUCCUGGAGAAGUUCCAGACCUGCACGAAUCCCGGUUUGCAGCAGGACUUUGGCGCCAUUGUCACGGUCUUCGGACUGGAGGCAGUGCUCGAUAACCUGAUGGUAUAUUACCUGAGUAACUCGGCCACCACGGCGGCUCGGUUCUAUCUGGAGAACGUGUCCAAGACCUACAGGGAUCUCCAGUUGGAACGGGUGCAAUCGCCAGUUCCCAUGGGCUGUGCCCGCUUCCGGUGGGAUCUUCCUUCGGCGACCGACUGGCAGCUGAGGGACAAGUUCCCCAACCUGAAGCACUCCAUGUACUUCCAGCAGGGCAGCCACUUUGCCGCCCUGGAAAUGCCAGCUAUGUUGUUCAACGACUUUACCAUCUUUGUUAAAAAGAUUGGCCUGCACGGCGAAGAGAGUCAAUAAAUUGUUUUUAUAUUUUUA